CUGGCUUGCCAGAUGGUCACAGCAAGACGUUGAAAAUGGUAAAACAAAAAUACAACCAUUCAUUCCCAUCAUUAAAUGGUCUCAAAUUGAAGCACCCAAUUUUCAAAAAAAAAGUUGAGCCGUAUCAAGAUAUUUUGCCCAACGCGCUCUACGAAAAAUAUUCUCAAUCAUCACUUGAAUCCGGAUUGAUUGCAAUUUGGAUUGAUAAUCAAAGUUCAAAUUAUUAUUGCGUUGAGAGACGAAAUCCCUACAAAUUCAAGCUUUUAUUCCGUGCAAGCAAAGAUGGAUUUGUCAAUGCUGUACUAGUAUUGGGAUUUGGCACUAUUGCGAUGCAACUUUCUUAUUCUCAUUUCAAAAUUCUGAGAAUAUUUCUUCAGCAAAAAUUGGUCGUAUUAACUAUCCUAAUCAUGCAACCUAUAAUGGUACAAACUGUGGUCCAACUUUUGGAGGAGGGCAUGAUUUUUGCAUCAAAUGUAACAAUUGGAGUAGCGACUCAAAUGUGCAUUACCCCGAUUUCUUUUUAA